ACAGAUGAACUGGAAGCUUCUUCAACAGCAACAACAACCAUUUUAUCUGAACACAAACUAUUGAUUGCAUCUGAUAUAAACUCACAGGCAUGGCAUCCUCCAGUGGUGAACUAAACGAGGAGCUCCAGUGCUCCAUCUGUCUGGAUGUGUUCACUGAUCCAGUCACCACUCCAUGUGGACACAACUUCUGCAGAACCUGCCUGAACAAGUUCUGGACAAACACACAGACCUGCUUCUGUCCACUCUGUAAAAAAACACUCAGCAAUGAUCUUGAAAUUAACACAACACUCACAAAGGUUGUACAAUACUUUAAGAAGCUCAAUCAAGGCAAAUCUGAGGUGUUCUGUGACAUCUGUGAUGGAAGAAAUCAGAAAGCCGUGAAGUCCUGCCUGACGUGUCAAAGCUCUUACUGUGAGACUCACCUGGAGCCUCAUCACAGAGUCCCACGUCUAAAGAAACACAAACUGAUCAACGCUGUGGAAAAUCUGGAGGAUUAUAUAUGCCAGAAACAUGAGAGACCUCUGGAGCUGUUCUGCAGAGAUGAUCAGACGAGUAUGUGUCUGUCCUGCACUGAAGGAGACCACAGGACUCACAACACUGUUCCUAUAGAGGAGGAGAGUCGAGAGAAGAAGACCCGUGCCUCCAACGAUUUUUUCCUUACUUCAUCUCGAACAGUCCACAUUUCAAACUGGAUGAUUAUUGGUCUGGGUUUCCUGUUGGUAGCAAUAUUGUUCACCUUGCCUAAACAAUAUACUGUAUCUACUGACCCCCAAAGCCUUACCGAUUACAGUGAAACCACCAAGGUUGAAGAUCUCUUUAAAGAGCUGCAGCAGUGCAUCUCAAAAAAUUAG